AAGCUGUGUGCAGCCAUUAGCCUGGGGAGGGUCUGUGCAUGUCAAGGGUGAGGGCAGCAGAGGCUGAACCCAGGAAGCUCUCUGCACCAAGAUCAUGGUGGCCCUUUGGGAAGCUUCUGCUCUGCUGGUUCUGUUCCUUGCAGCCUUUCUGCCCCCACCACAGUAUGCCCAGGAUCCAGCCAUGGUGCAUUAUAUCUACCAGCGCUUUCAAGUCUUAGAGCAAGGGCUGGAAAAAUGUACCCAAGCAACAAGGGCAUAUAUUCAAGACUUCCGAGAAUUCUCAAAAAACAUAUCGGUUAUGCUGGGAAGAUGUCAGACCUACACCAGUGAGUAUAAGAGUGCAGUAAAUAACUUGGCCCUGAGAGUGGAACGUGCCCAGCGGGAGAUUGACUACCUGGAAUAUCUUCGAGAAUCUGACAUAUGUGUAGAAACAGAGGACAAGACACUGGCAGAAAAGCUACUUCAAGAAGCUGAGGAAGAGAAAAAGAUCCGAACUCUGCUGAAUGCAAGCUGUGAUAACAUGCUGACGAGUAUAAAGUCUCUAAAAAUAGUGAAGAAGACUAUUGACACAGAUGGCUCUUGGAUGAAAGAUGCUGGCAGUGACUCUCCAAAAGUAUAUUUCUUAAUUGGAUCCAGAAACAACACUGUUUGGGAAUUUGCAAACAUGCGGGCAUUCAUGGAGGACAGCACCAAACCCCCUCCCCGGAAGCUAAACCUACCACUUUCCUGGCAGGGAUCAGGCCAGGUGAUCUACAGAGGUUUUCUAUUUUUUCACAACCAAGGGACUUUAAAUGAGAUAAUCAAAUAUAAUCUGCAGAAGAGGACUGUAGAAGAUCGAAUGCUGCUCCCAGGAGGGGCAGGCCGGGCACUGGUCUACCAGCACUCCCCUUUCACUUACAUUGACCUGGCUGUGGAUGAGCAUGGGCUUUGGGCCAUUCACUCAGGUCCAGGCAUCCAAGGCCAUUUGGUUCUCACAAAAAUUGAGUCUGGCACACUGGGAGUGGAGCACUCAUGGGAUACUCCUUGCAGAAGCCAGGAUGCUGAAGCCUCAUUCCUCAUGUGUGGGGUUCUCUAUGUAGUCUACAGUUCUGGUGGCCAGGGCCCGCAUCGCAUCACCUGCAUCUAUGAUCCACUGGACACUAUCAGGGAGGAGAAUCUGUCCAACUUGUUCUUCCCCAGGCGGCCAAGAAGCCAUUCCAUGAUCCAUUACAAUCCCAGAGAUAAGCAGCUCUAUGCCUGGAAUGAAGGAAACCAGAUCCUUUACAGACUCCAGACAAAGAGAAACCUGCCUCUGGAGUAACAUGUUGCAACUGGGAGGGAGGGAGAGUAACAUCAUGGCUUUGGCAGCUGCUCUCUGGGACACUGAGACCACAACCUCUUCACAAUGUAGUAUCACUCUGGUCACACACAGGAAUAGGUUGUAGAAGUGGGAAUACAUAUGCAUCCUUUCCCAGGUGGUACUGCAUUA